UCUAUAACUCGUACCUUGUAAGCAAUCAUGUCGCCAAUAUUUGGAUUGCCUUCCAGCCUUGGCAGGUCCUCGUAGUUUUGUGACAAUGAAUCAGCCUCAGAGUCGUCUUCGUGCAUGCAAGUCGAAUCCAUAUCCAGGGAUGCGUCCCCCUUGACGGCCAUUGAUUCAACCAUUGCUUUCGCGGAUUCAUUCUCGAUAUGCACGCCCUUCGUAUUUUUAGCAUUCGAUCGGACGACCCUCUUCGACGCUGCGGCGCUAGAGGCCCUAGACAUAGUCUUGCUGUCAUUCAGCUCAACUGUCGUGAUGAUGACCUUUGCUGCAGCCUGGUUCUGCACUGAGUUGGAAGAGGCAAUCGGUACACUAAAGUGCGAUGAAACAGGCUCUAUUUGGUUGCAAAGAUCGGCUUGGUUCUGCUUAGGGACCGAAGUUGCGUGGCAACCUGCAUUCGAGCUCUUUACCAGUGCAGCGUACUCCUUGGUCUUCUUGCGACGUUCAUUUCUUGACUGUGUUCGAGGUAAUCCCAUUCCUGGGGCAGCAUUACUAACAGAUUUCACGACCGCUGGGGGCGCUGAUGACCUGAAAUCCGAGUCCGAGUCCGAGUCCGAGCUCGAGUCUGAGUUCGAAUUGCUACUACUCGAAUCGCUACUGCUCGAGUCGCUGCUGCUGGAAUUACUGCUCUCCGAUGAUAUCGAUGAAGUUAAAGCCUUGCUCUUCGUUACUGAAGCAGUACUGUGUGUUCGAUUUCCCAGAAUCGAGUUUUGUUUGGAGGUUGAGGCCGCAGACAGUGGAGAUGAAGAUAAUGCGGGUCCUUUGCGCCGUCGGGAUGUACUGACUGCAUUUGUUGUAUUGACAUGCUGUUUACAGUCAAUGGUGUUAGGCUUGAUUCUAUUGUGCGUCCCGGUCCUAGUGCUUCCAGUAUUGCUGUUCAGCUUCUGGCCAUAUUGUCUUCCAUUAUUGUUGUUGUUUGGCUGCGUGAGCUGCUGCUGCUUCUUUGGUUUCUGACGUGUGCUGGGUGAAGAUGCUACCUUUACGACGCCAGCUCUUUUUUUCCGUGGGCUGUCUCGACUUUCCGAUGCCGGUCCUAUAUCCUUCCUAGAUCGUUUCACUCCGUCUAUUACAACGGACACAUAGUUUAUAAACAUUCAGCACUAGUACCAUUUUUCACGAAAUUUGUAAAGUCUUCUCAUACCUGCAACAGGAAGAGACCUCGGCGGAAGGUUAUCGCUCUUUCUUCGGAUCAUAACCCUGCCCAGUAAUGAAAAGAGGCAUUGACGUGUUAUGAAGAAUCACCGCUGGCUCGGAUCCAGCGAUGGACGA